AGAGGAGGAGGAGUAGGGUCUGGGACUGGAGGAGUAGGGGGCCAGAGGAGGAGGAGGAGUAGGGGCUGGGACUGGAGGAGUAGGGGGCUGGCGGUGGAGGAGAAGUACAUUUGAUUCACAUAACAAAUGCUUUUAUCAUACAAAUAAUAAUCUUAUUUUCGGAUAUCUCAUCUCAGCUAAAGUGCAACAAUAACUUCUCAAGGACAAUGUGACGUAGUAGCUUUGUAGUAUAGCAAUUCAUAGUUUCGUACUUUAUACAUAGCAGAACAUAGCAGUACUUUAUAUAGUAUAGUACUUUAUAUAGUAUAGUACUUGAAAGUAUAGUACUUUUAUAAUACUUGUUUAAAUAACAUGUACCAGGGAUAGACCUAGUCCACUGCAAUAUGAAGAAUAUUUAAAUGUUGUUUGAUUGUGAAUAAGCAGGAGGUUAGUGGUGAUGAAAAAAAAAUGCUGACUUUGUAAUGAUUUCGCACAGUAUAGGCAAGAUAUCUUGCCUAAGAAAAUAAAAACCCUGUACGUCAAACAUCAACCGGUCGCUAUUCCGUUGUGAAAGAGGAGCUGGUUUGUGUCUAUGAUGCGUAUCUGUCAUGACCAGUGAAGAAAGCCCUGGCCUGGUGACCUCACCUGGUCCCAGGUGGAUAAAGGUCAGGCCCAGGGGUUGUGGUCUGCUUUGUGUGCGCUUCUGUUGUUGCUGUGGGAGGAUUGUGGCUAAGGUGGCGAAACUUAAAGGAUAGACUUGACCUGUCCUCGAGGUUUGGGUUAGUGCUCGAUCCUAAAGGAGGGGUGGGUGUGAUUCACCAUGGGCACUUUGACACGCCCGCAUUGAUGUCAAACAACCCGUCGGCCAAAUCCUGGCUAGUUCGCCAUAAACGGCCUAAUGAGCACUAUUGUGACAUCACUCUCCACCAGGAAGAGAGUGUGUAAUCCCCAUCGUUUGUUGUGACUGAGUCGACCCGGUCUGCGGGCCGUCGACCGACACCCCACCACGCAGUACUGAAGGAUAAAAAUGACGGCCAGUGCUGGCCAGCUCGCUGGCUGAGCGGGGCCUGGUUCUGCUGAAACUGCUCGAUGCUGAGCUCCAUUGAGAACAGGUUUAGACAGGUUUGAAUGCCUUCUGCUGAGGCAGGCCAUCCCCGGACCACCCUUUACAGGCCCUGGGAUGCUGCCCAUUGGCCUUUGUGUCACUCAACAAUGAUGCCACGAGAGAGCCACCACCAGGACCAGGUCAUUGUGUCACUGACCAAUGAGAACGCAACAAAAAGGUGUGUGCGUGUGUUGCGUUGUGCUUGCUGAAUGUAAACGUGAGUGUGGAGUCAAUGUCCCACAGGUCUUGCUCCAUGACCUCUGAGCACCACGUCACACCGACACGCAGCCAAUCAGAGGUCAGCUGUUUGGAUUUAUGCCAGGGUUUUUAGGCUUGUAAGACUUUAGUAGAAGUGGCAAAAGCCAGUUAAAAAAAACAACCAGGCGUGACAAAAUGCCCUACACACCGGCUGGCUUCUUCUGUGACCGGUUGAUCCGGGAGAGAGAGAGGAGAGAUGGGGAAGGCUCGCUCAGCAAGCCCCUGCGCUUCAGCGGGCAAGACUACAGCACCCUGAAGCAGGAGUGCCUGGAGAAGAAGAACCUGUUUGAGGAUGAAACCUUCCCAGCCUCUGUGGAGUCUCUGGGCUUCAAGGAGCUGGGCCACAAGUCCAACAAGGUCAAGAACAUCGUGUGGAAGAGGCCCAAGGAGAUCUGUGAGAACCCUCAGUUCAUUGUGGGCGGAGCCAGCCGGACAGACAUCUGCCAGGGAGAUUUGGGUGACUGCUGGCUGCUAGCCGCCAUUGCCUGUCUGACUCUGAACGAGAAGCUGCUUUACAGAGUCGUUGAUCAUGAGCAGAGCUACACUGACGGCUACGCUGGCAUCUUCCACUUCCAGUUCUGGCGCUAUGGCGACUGGGUCGACGUCGUCAUUGACGAUCGAAUCCCCACCUUCAACAACCAGCUGGUGUUCACCAAGUCAGCUGAGAGGAACGAGUUCUGGAGCGCUCUUCUGGAGAAGGCCUACGCCAAGCUGCACGGCUCCUACGAGGCCCUGAAGGGAGGCAACACCACCGAGGCCAUGGAGGACUUCACGGGCGGCGUGACGGAGUUCUACGAGAUGAAGGAGGCGCCCAAGGAGCUGUACAAGAUCAUGCAGAAGGCCCUGGAGAGAGGCUCCCUCAUGGGCUGCUCCAUAGACUCACUGGUCCCGGCCCGGUUCGAGACCCGCACCACCACCGGCCUGGUGAAGGGCCACGCCUACUCGGUCACCGCUGUGGAGGAGUGUAAACACUCCCAGCAGAAAGAGUCGAAGGUGCGCCUGGUCCGCCUGAGGAACCCCUGGGGCCAGGUGGAGUGGAAUGGCCCCUGGAGCGAUAACUCUAAGGAGUGGACCUCUCUGUCUAAGGGAGAGAAGGAUAAGCUGCAUCACCAGAGUGCUGAGGACGGAGAGUUCUGGAUGUCCUUUGAGGAUUUCAGGAAGAAUUACACCAAGAUUGAGAUCUGUAACUUGACGCCCGACGCCCUGGAGGAUGAUAAGAUCCACAAAUGGACCGUGUCUGUGAACGAGGGCCGCUGGGUCAGGGGCUGCUCUGCCGGAGGCUGCAGGAACUACCCAGACACGUUCUGGACCAACCCUCAGUACCGCCUGCGUCUGCUGGAGGAGGAUGACGACCCAGAGGACAACGAGGUGGCCUGCACCUUCGUGGUGACGCUGAUGCAGAAGAACCGGCGGAAAGAACGCAAAAUGGGCGCCAACCUCUACACCAUCGGGUUCGCCAUCUACGAGGUUCCCAAGGAGAUGCACGGUAACAAGCAGCACAUGCAGAAGGACUUCUUCCUGGUAAACGCCUCGAAGGCCCGCUGCAAGGCCUACAUCAACCUGCGGGAGGUGACUCAGCGCUUCCGCCUCAGCCCCGGCGAGUACGUGAUCGUGCCCUCCACCUACGAGCCCCACCAGGAGGGCGAGUUCAUCCUCCGAGUCUUCUCCGAAAAGAGGAACACCUCAGAGGAGAUAGAGAACAGGAUCGAGGCCGACCACCCAGUGCCUGCCCCUGCCUCAGUAGGAGAGGAGAGUGAUGAGGACCAGCAGUUCAGGAACAUCUUUCAGGAGAUAGCUGGAGAUGAAAUGGAAAUCUCAGCCAACGAACUGAAGAACGUCCUCAACAAGGUGGUUUCCCAACAUAAGGACCUGAACACAGAGGGCUUCAGUCUGGAGAGCUGCAGGAGUAUGAUAGCUCUGAUGGACAUGGACGGGACAGGCAGGCUCAACCUGCAGGAGUUCAGACACCUCUGGAACAAGAUCAAGCAGUGGCAGGGAAUCUUUAAACAUUACAAUGCAGACCAGACUGGUAGCAUCAACAGUUACGAGAUGAGGAACGCUGUCAACGAUGCAGGCUUCCGUCUCAACAACCAGCUCUAUGACAUCAUCACCAUGCGCUACGCCAACGAGAGCAUGAACAUCGACUUUGACAGCUUCAUCAGCUGUCUGGUGCGUCUGGAGGCCAUGUUCAGGGCAUUCCAGGCCUUCGACCAGGAGGGCGACGGGACGAUCAGUCUGAGCGUCCUGGAGUGGCUCCAGCUGACCAUGUAUGCCUAGACAGGCCCCUCCCCCAUCCUCUCCCAGGUCUCAGGCUUCUUAGAUAUCUCAGCCUCGUCCUUCUUCCGAAGCGCGCAGUCUCACUGGAGUCAUCCGCCUUGUUUUUUCUUUUUUUUAUUGACCACAACCAUACCACAUGUUCCGUAUCAUUUUCUCAGGCAUCAAACACACACAACCUCUCUUUUUCUGUCAUUAUACCUCUCAGCCUCCUUCUAGUCAUCCAUCUCUUUCACUGUUCAUCUCUCUGAGAGACUUCUGCUUAACCCCCGCCCUCCCCCCACACCACCUUUGACCUUUCUCAUACCAAACCGACCCAAAGCCCUCUCUUCAACAUCGCUUCGGUGAGCUGCUCAUGGGUGGACCGGGAGGACCGGGUGUGGGGCAGCCUCCUCCACCUUCUCCCUGCCCCAGGGGGCGAGGUGGCAGCGGCCUGGGGGGCCCCAACCCUGCGCUCCGCCGGGGGGGGAAGGAGAGCCAGACCGCCCCUGGCGUGAACACCAGAGGACUCCCUCAGCAGGCACACUCACGGUCACUAUGGAGCCCAAAUGACACGGCUAUGGGUUGGACAUUUUUAGUUUUUUUUUUGUGGUUUCUAAUUAAAGCUUUGGUCAAAUGAGUGUAUUGCAUUUUUAACCCUUUUAAACAAAUAAAUGAUUGUGUAGUUACUGGUUUGACUGUAACUGAAGGGGGGUAGUGUGGUUCACUUCUCUUCAUGUAGGGGACAGGAACAAGGAAUACCUGUGAACUGACUAGUGCUCCAAGUGACUAAUAAUAAAUCCUUAAAAAAAAAAGUUUUCAUGCACAUAAACAACAUUGCAAAUGAAAGGCAAAGGACCCAAAACACUUCCCAAAUAUUUUUUCUUUGCGAUAUUUUAUCUGAACUUUUAUUUAUAUUGCACUUACUUGCAUAUUUCGGUACAAAACAUCUGUUAAAAGUUAACAACUUUUGAAAUAAACUUGUCAAAGAAACUCAGGAAUGACAGGUAAGAGUUCAAUUGCAUGCUUUCCCCAGCCUUAAAACAGCGAGGAGACAAGUGGGGAGCCCGUCUGGGAAGGCCAGGGGCCUGGAAGGUCGACCGAGAUCUCAACCCACCCAAACCGGUCCGACCCAACCAAGCAAACCGCCACCACAGCAGGUGUGUCUUCACAACUGCUUCUUCAUCACACUGAUAAAAACUGAAUGUAAAGGAGUAUAGUUGUGUUGUCUUUUGUUUAAAGCAGUUUUACGUCGGUAAAAAAAAGGCAUAUUAAGUGAGCUUUGCUCCAGUUCUAUGUGUUGUAAGGGGUGAAGUAUGGCACAGGGCCUUGUGUUCCUCCAGCAUCUCCUUCACACACUUCCUCUCAGACCAGCCUGCUCUUCCUAAAGAAGCCUCGGCGUAGUACAGCUUCCUCCCAUCUUCCUCCUCGUAAAAAGGAUCCCAGAGUCAAGGAGCUCUAUAACAGGAUCACAGCUAUAUAAAAUCACUACCCAAGAUAUAAGCUCACUCAUUCAUGGGAAUAACAGAAAGGGAUGACUUCGUAAUCAUCUCUACAAUGAGGACUAAAUCUCACACACACACACAUUCACACAUGGAAACACACACUACUACUCCUCUAAAACGCCUCUAAACCUCCGCUUAACUUUCACGGCAAACCUAAAUCUUCACAGACCAAGUUACCAUGUUGCACCAAAUUCUUUCAUCACAAUCCUAAUAUUCGGUGAGCAACAUCCAAAAUAAAA